AGCCCAUCCCCUCGUUCCCUUUGCCUCUACUCUGUUCUUGUCUCUGUGCUUGUGUGUGCGUGUGUGUCUGAAUCGUAGCGAAUCAUUGUCAAGUGAUGAUCAACUUUCGCACGCGCAUACACACAGACACACACGCACGCACAGGCGACACGGACACACAGACACCUACCCGUAUUGCCUGCAGCCAAACUGGUGGGCGGCUGGUCAUGGACUCAUGGCCCUGGUUCAUUGUCAUGGACAUGGUCAGGGUCAGGGUCAGGUUCAUCAUCAUCAUCAUCGUCCUCAUCAUCGUUGUCGUCGCCCGUCGGUCGACAUGGAAGCCCAAGCUCCAACCCCGAAUCGGAACAAAAAAGGAACGACGUGAACUUAUCGAUCACGCCUGUUCCUCCGUCUCUGCUCAAACGAUGACCUUUUUCCUUUUCUUGUCUUCCCAUGGUUCUGUAUCUGGUAGAGCAUGGUAGGACUAGGAGAUUAAUCUGGCUUGCAAAUAUAGCAAUGAUGACGAUCUUUUCGGAUUGACCGCCAGCGCCAGCACCAGCCAGCACCACCACCGCCGACGCCGACGACCCGCCGCUGGGUUCCCCGCCCGGUUGGUAGCAGUAAUUAGUUAGUGUGAAGUGUGCACUGUGCAGUGAACAGUGACCGAGUGACUUCAGAUAUUGUAGAGCGCGCCGCCGUCGCCCGGAGCGCCGACAGCAAGCAUGUAGC